AUGCUGGGAGAACUGCUCUUUCUUCUCAGGGGUCUCCAUGGGGUCCUUGCUUCCUCCAGCAUCAUGGGAGCGCUGGUGGUUUGGCUGAUGAACUAUAAGCCAGUCUUGUUUGGGUUCCUGUUCCUUCUGCUGUUGCUAAGCAACUGGCUGGUCAAGUAUGAACCCAAGCCCGCCCCCUCAGGGUGCCGGAAGGAGGCAGAGAAAGCAAAGACCCCGGAUGCCAGCCCCACCAACACCACCAUGAGCCCAAAGGAACUGGAGAGGUUGCAGGCCUGCUUUGCACUCCAGGACAAGCUCCUCGAACGGCUCCUGUGCAGCGAAAUGAAGCUGAAGGUCCUAGAAAACCAGAUGUUCGUCCUAUGGAAUAAAAUGAGCCGGCACAGACGCUCAGGCAGACACCGGCAAUUUCCCUCGAGGAGACACAGGAGGAGGAGGCACGGCUCGACGGUCUCCACCCUCUCCGACUGUACUUCCAUCUCCCUCGCCUAUUGA